GAAGCGAAUAAUGAGGUGGAGAGGUUUUGCUGGUGUCCCACUUCCGCCUGGAUUUUGCUCGCUGCACUUAGUUACAUCCACUCAAGAAAAUUAAACGGAAAAGGCGCAGCAGAUAAGGGGGCUGAUGGUUUUUUUUAGAAUAAUCCGUUGUGUGUCUACUCAGGAAUAAGUUCACUGAAUUCAGUGGUUUUUGAUCCCAGGAAUGGCCAAUGGUUUUCUCAUGGAAGUAUGUGUUGAUUCAGUGGAAUCUGCCAUUAAUGCUGAAAGAGGAGGUGCUGGUCGCCUUGAAUUAUGUGCCAAUCUGAUGGAGGGAGGAACUACACCAAGUAUAGGUCUUUUGCAAGUAGUGAAGCAGUGCACAAGGGUCCCCAUAUUUGUGAUGAUCCGCCCCCGUGGUGGGGAUUUCCUCUAUUCUGACCGGGAAACUGAGGUCAUGAAAGCUGACAUCCAGCUUGCCAAGCAGCAUGGCGCCGAUGGGCUGGUAUUUGGAGCGUUGACUGAGGAUGGGUAUGUGGACACAGAACUCUGCACAGCAUUGCUUGCUGCUUCUCGCCCUUUGCCAGUCACCUUCCACAGAGCUUUUGACAUGGUCUGUGAUCCUGUAAGAGCCAUGGAAACACUGAUAUCAAUAGGUUUUGAGCGGGUGCUGACCAGUGGUUGUGACAGCUCUGCCCUGGAGGGGCUGCCCUUGAUAAAGCGGCUGAUAGAACAGGCAAAAGGCAGGAUUGUUAUUGUACCAGGGGGAGGCAUAACUGAGAGAAACCUACAAAGAAUUUUAGAAGGCUCUGGUGCUUCUGAGUUUCACUGCUCAGCUCGCUCAGCCAAGGACUCAGGCAUGAAGUUCAGAAACUCCAGUGUUAAGAUGGGAACCUCCCUCUCUACACCUGAGCAUUCUAUCAUGGUGGCAGAUGUGACUAAAGUGAGGACCCUGAAUGCAAUUGCAAAGAAUAUCCUGUAGAAGAAGAGCAUAUAGGACAGGAAGACCUACUGUCCUCUGACUUCCCCAUUCCUUAACUAUAGACAUUUCAGUACUGUUUGGGUCAGUCAAACGAAGAUGCCAGCGUGUGUUUUUCUCUUCUUCCCACUGCCUAGUCUUCAUUCAAGGAGUCUUUUCUUUAAAUAUUGUGACACCAUUUGUGAGCAAACUCUAGGGAGGCAUGAUAUUAGGUAAAGAUGCAUUCACCACUGGGUAAAACUCCUUUUGACUUCUACUUUUCAAAUAAAUGCUGAAGCUGAUCCAC